GUAAAAUAAUUUCCUGUAAACAUUGUGUGUUUUUGUGAAAAUAAAUAGGAUGAAAAUUGUUUUUACAAACCUCCUACAUUGGUGUUAACGUAAUUUUGCGGGUUAGAUUUAUUAACUCAACGAGUAGGAACAUAAAAUGUCCGCGUCGGACAGCGAUGAUGAGGGCUCCAUUGGGAAUGGAGGCGGCGACGUGGGUAUGGACUUGACCGGCAUUCUCUUUGGUAAUAUUGACUCGGAGGGUAAGCUUAUGGACGAUGAUGGAGGCGCACACGCAUUUGACGCCGAAUUGCGCGAAAAUCUAAGUUCCCUGUCAAAAUUAGGAUUGAAUUCUCUGUUGCAUGAGGUAAUUGAUCAGGACGGCGAGGCCACAUCCGAGGACGAAGCAGACAAACCCAACAAAGAUGCCAGUUUAAGUGCUUUCGAUGCCUUAAAGGCUAGUCUAAGCAAUGAUGGCAAUGAAGAAGACGGCGCCAUUAAAGCACAAGAGGACGCCAUUGACUAUUCCGACAUCAACGAAUUGUCCGAGGACUGUCCACGCUCGCCGCCAGCUCAGCCAACAAAUUUGUCUUCGUAUGACGACCUGGAAGAUGCUAUUCCAGCUUCUAAGGUGGAGGCCAAGCCCACUAAGGAUGACAAGGAACUAAUGCCGCCACCAAGUGCGCCGAUGCGUAGUGCGGCUUCAGGCAGCGGUGAUGAGGCCAGUGCACCAACAAAACCAACACAAAACGAUGCAGCCAGUACCGUGGACGCAAAAACCAGUGAUGAUAAAACAGAUGCAGACCGCAAACUUGACACGCCACUCGCCGAUAUAUUGCCAUCGAAAUAUCAAAACGUUGAUGUAUGUGAACUGUUCCCCGACUUUCGGCCAAAGAAGGUGCUGCGCUUUUCACGUUUAUUUGGACCAGGCAAACCAACAAGUCUACCCCAAAUCUGGAGACAUGUGCGGAACCGUCGUCGAAAACGCAAUCACUCGCGUGAUCACAAAACAACAAAUACUGGCGGAUCAGACUCCCCAAGCGAUACGGAGGAGCCGCGUAAGCGGGGUUUUGGCAUCAAAUAUGGGCCAAAGCCCACGCCAGCGCAAUGCAUGUCGGACGAUGAGGACAAAUUGCUUAGCGAUUUAAAUAGCGAGGACGUCAGGCAGGAAGGACCAGACAUGGUGCAUAGCGAUCAGAAACCAAAGGUAGCAGACUGGCGUUUCGGACCAGCACAAAUUUGGUACGACAUGUUGGAUGUUAGUGAGUCUGGCGAAGGAUUUAACUACGGCUUCAAAACGAAAUCCGCGCAGUCAUCUUCUCAGUCCAAGGCCGCUGCUAAUCAGAAUAAUAGCGAGCAAUUGGUCAGCACCGAAAACGUUGCAGAACUAGACAUUGCAGACGAUGCUUUCUUAAUGGUAUCCCAAUUGCAUUGGGAGGACGAUGUGGUGUGGGAUGGCAACGAUAUUAAAGCCAAAGUGAUGCAAAAGUUAAAUUCAAAGACGAAUGCGGCCGGUUGGUUGCCGUCGAGCGGCUCCCGUACUGCAGGCGCUUUUAGUCAGCCCGGAAAAACGUUGCCCGUGGGAAAUAGUAGCGGUAACAGCAAGACUCAAAAUUCCAGCAGCUCUACUAAAAAAUCACAACAAAAUGCUCAAACCAAGCAAACCGAAGUUCCUGAUGAUACUUGGUACAGUUUGUUUCCGGUGGAGAACGAAGAGCUAAUUUAUCACAAGUGGGAGGAUGAGGUUAUUUGGGACGCACAGCAAAUGACGAAGCUGCCCAAACCCAAGGUGCUUACGUUAGAUCCGAACGAUGAGAACAUUAUUUUGGGCAUACCCGAUGAUAUUGAUCCAUCGAAGAUAAAUAAAAACACCGGACCACCACCGAAAAUCAAGAUACCUCAUCCACAUGUCAAGAAAUCAAAAAUUCUGCUUGGCAAGGCGGGCGUCAUUAAUGUGUUAGCAGAGGAUACGCCUCCGCCACCACCCAAGAGUCCAGAUCGAGAUCCCUUUAACAUAUCCAAUGACACUUACUACACACCCAAAACGGAGCCUACACUGCGCCUAAAAGUGGGCGGUGGUAAUCUCAUCCAGCACUCGACACCUGUGGUUGAGUUGCGUGCACCUUUUGUGCCCACCCACAUGAGUGAAAUGAAACUUCGUGGUUUCCAUCGUCCGCCCUUAAAGAAAUACUCGCACGGACCGCUGGCACAGACGACGCCACAUCCCGUUCAUCCACUGCUCAAAAAUAUUGUGAAGAAAGCCAAACAGCGUGAGAUCGAACGUAUUGCAUCUGGCGGUGGCGAUGUCUUCUUCAUGCGCAAUCCCGAGGACCUAAGUGGCAAGGAUGGUGAUAUAAUCCUCGCAGAAUUCUGUGAAGAAUUCCCACCACUCAUCAAUCAAGUGGGUAUGUGCUCGAAAAUUAAAAAUUACUACAAGCGCAAGGCGGAGAAGGAUAGUGGCCCGCAGGAUUAUUUGUAUGGAGAAGUCGCCUUUGCUCACACCAGCCCCUUCCUGGGCAUUCUACAUCCUGGACAAUGCAUCCAAGCAAUUGAAAAUAAUAUGUACCGUGCACCCAUUUAUCGGCACAAAAUGUCCGAAACGGACUUCUUAGUCAUACGCACACGCAACACUUAUUGGAUACGUGCCGUGAAUGCUAUUUUCACGGUCGGCCAGGAAUGUCCACUGUAUGAAGUGCCCGGACCAAAUUCAAAGCGUGCCAAUAAUUUUACGCGCGAUUUCCUGCAGGUCUUCAUUUACCGUCUAUUUUGGAAAAGUCCCGACAAUCCGCGCCGUAUUCGCAUGGAUGAUAUAAAGCGGGCCUUUCCCUCCCAUUCGGAGAGCAGCAUUCGCAAGCGUCUGAAACAGUGCGCGGAUUUCAAGCGAACAGGCAUGGACUCCAACUGGUGGGUUAUUAAACCAGAAUUCCGCCUGCCUUCCGAGGAGGAAAUACGAGCCAUGGUUUCUCCGGAACAGUGCUGUGCCUACUUCAGCAUGAUUGCGGCCGAGCAGCGUCUAAAGGACGCUGGUUAUGGAGAAAAAUUCCUUUUUGCGCCGCAAGAAGAUGAUGAUGAGGAGGCGCAACUCAAGCUGGACGAUGAGGUGAAGGUGGCGCCUUGGAACACCACACGUGCCUAUAUUCAAGCCAUGCGUGGCAAGUGUUUACUGCAGCUGAGCGGUCCCGCUGAUCCUACUGGCUGUGGCGAGGGCUUUUCGUAUGUGCGCGUGCCCAACAAACCAACGCAAACUAAAGAGGAGCAGGAGUCGCAACCAAAACGCACUGUGACCGGCACCGAUGCCGAUUUACGUCGCCUGCCGCUACAGCGUGCUAAGGAAUUGCUCCGCAAGUUCAAAGUGCCCGAGGAGGAGAUCAAGAAACUGUCGCGUUGGGAAGUCAUCGAUGUGGUGCGCACACUCUCCACCGAGAAGGCCAAGGCUGGCGAGGAAGGCAUGGAUAAAUUUUCGCGUGGCAAUCGCUUCUCGAUUGCGGAGCAUCAGGAGCGCUACAAGGAAGAGUGUCAGCGCAUAUUCGAUUUGCAAAAUCGCGUGCUAGCUAGCGCCGAAGUAUUGUCCACUGAUGAAGAUGAAUCGUCCGCAUCUGAAGAGUCUGAUCUCGAGGAAUUGGGCAAGAAUCUUGAGAACAUGCUGGCCAACAAGAAGACUUCCAUACAAUUAUCGCUGGAGCGUGAAGAAUUGGAACGUCAGGACCUGCUCAAAAAGAUAAUGCACGAGCAGGGCGAUGGAUCGAACAAGAAUGCAAAGGCCAAGGACGACGGUACUCAACAGCCAGUGACAAAUACGAAUCAGGGCCGCAUUCUAAAAAUCACGCGCACCUUCAAAGGCAAUGACGGCAAAGAGUACACACGCGUCGAGACUGUGCGCCGGCAGCCAGUUAUCGAUGCGUACGUUAACAUACGAACCACGCGCAACGAGCAGUUCAUCAAGCAAUUCGCCACGCUUGACGAGCAACAGAAGGAGGAAAUGAAACGCGAGAAGCGUCGCAUACAGGAGCAGUUGCGUCGCAUUAAGCGUAACCAGGAGCGCGAACGGCUGGCACAAUUGGCUCAGAAUCAAAAGUUACAGCCUGGUGGCAUACCAACCUCUCUAGGUGAUCCGAAGAGCUCAGGCGGCUCAUCGCACAAGGAGCGCGACACCAGCCACAAGGAGGUCAGUCCAUCGCGCAAGAAGUUCAAACUCAAGCCAGAUCUAAAGCUGAAGUGCGGUGCUUGCGGCCAAGUGGGCCAUAUGCGCACCAACAAAGCCUGCCCGCUAUAUACGGGCAUGCAGAGCAGUCUGUCGCAGUCGAAUCCCUCGUUGGCCGACGAUAUGGAUGAGCAGAGCGAGAAGGAACUAAAUAUGGACGAUGACGAUUUGGUCAAUGUGGAUGGCACAAAGGUUACGCUAAGUAGUAAGGUGUUGAAACGUCAUGGCGACGAAAAACGCCGCAGCGCUUUGAUGCUUAAGGUACCCAAAGAUUCCAUGGGCAAGAAAAAGCGCCGCAUGGGCAACGAUGUGCACUGCGAUUAUCUGCAGCGUCAUAACAAGACGGCCAAUCGCAGACGCACCGAUCCCGUUGUGGUCCUUUCUUCCAUCCUAGAACUUAUUCUGAAUGAGCUGCGCUCCAUGCCAGAAGUAACACCAUUUUUGUUUCCAGUCAGCGCCAAGAAUGUGCCGGACUACCACCGCGUCGUUAGCAAACCUAUGGACUUACAAACUAUGCGCGAGUAUAUCAGACAGCGUCGCUACACAAGUCGAGAAAUGUUUCUGGAGGAUCUCAAGCAAAUUGUGGAUAACUCGCACAUCUAUAAUGGACCGCAGAGUGCAUACACCGUUGCCGCUCAGCGCAUGUUCUCCAGUUGCUUUGACCUGCUGGCGGAGCGUGAAGACAAAUUGAUGCGUCUGGAGAAGGCUAUCAAUCCGCUUCUAGAUGACAACGAUCAGGUGGCUCUGUCGUUUAUCUUUGAGAAAUUGCAUACACAAGUGAAGCAGGCGCCCGAAAGCUGGCCGUUCCUUAAACCAGUCAACAAGAAACAGAUCAAGGAUUAUUACAAUUACAUAAAGAAGCCCAUGGAUUUAGAAACUAUUGGCAAGAAUAUUGAAGCCCAUCAUUAUCAUAGCCGCGCUGAAUAUAUGGCGGACAUUGAGCUAGUGGCCGCCAACUGCGAGCAGUACAAUGGUGGCGAAUCGCGUUACACAAAGUUUGCCAAAAGACUGGUGGAAUAUACGCGGACGCAGCUGGAAGAGUUUGCUGAACACUGUGCACAACUCGAGGAGAAUAUUGCCAAGACACAGGAGAGAGCGCGUGCCGAUGCGCCCGAAUUCGAAGAGGCCUGGGGCAAUGAUGACUAUGAUUUCGGACGGGGCAGCCGUGGCAGUUCGCCGUGCGAUGAUUACAUCGAUGUAGAGGGCCAUGCUUCCACAUCUUCGGGUAUACAUCGCAGUAUGGGUGCGGAUCCAUCGAUUCACCAUCCUCCGCCAUUGAUACGAAAGCAAACCCCGGCGGCUGGCGAAGUCAAACGGGGUCGUGGACGACCGCGCAAACAGCGCGAUCCAGUGGAGGAAGUCAAAAGCCUGAAUCCCGUUAAACGUGGUCGGGGCCGUCCGAGGAAGGACAGCCUUGCCUCUAACAUGAGUCAAUCGCAAGUUUACUUUCUGGACGAAGACCUGCAGUGUUCCACAGACGAGGAGGAUGACGACGAAGAGGACGAGUUUCAGGAAGUAUCGGAAGAUGAGAAUAAUGCAGCCAGUAUUUUGGAUCAGGGCGAGCGCAUGCAAGCGCCAAAUGAAACUAUGGACUACAUUGAUCCGAAGAACAUUAAAACCGAGAUCGAUAUUGAGGCGCAACAAAUGGCAGAGGAACAGACCGGCGAGGAUGACAGCCAACAGGCGGCUGAGGCUAUGGUGCAGUUGAGUGGCGUUGGCUUUUACGCUCAACAGCAGCAAGACGAGUCCAUGGAUGUUGAUCCCAAUUACGAUCCGUCCGACUUCCUCAACUUGCACAAGCCCCGGGAGCCGUCCAGCAGCUCGAAUGCCUUCGCAGACUUCAUGUCGCAGGCCCAGGACGACAAUGGCCAGUUCAAUCCGAACGAGGCCAGCAGCAGCUCAGCGACCAAUAUGCCCCAGAAUGAGGAUGAGUCUGCGUCCACGCAAAUGCCGCCUAGCCUGCCUGCCACCAGCAACGACAACGGCGGCAUGGGCAUCGAUGAGGAUCUGGAUAUUUCCGAGAGUGACGAAGAGGAUGAAAACGGCGCUGCGGGUGGCGUGCGCAUCAAGAAGGAAAUUUUCGAUGACGGCGAUAUCGAAAACAGCAUGGCAAUAGCUUCGUCACAGCAAUCUCAUUCUUCCCAGUCACAGAUGUACCUCAUGGACUCCAUCAACGAGCAGAUGCAAAACAAUGAGUACAACAUGCCGCAGCAAGAUUAUCAACCUGCCCCCGAACAGGAUCAGUUGCCAGAACAGGCCCAACAAUUGCAAAUGGCCCAACAAGCGGAGCAGCCGCCGGAUGACAACGAUUACGAUGAUUGGAUGAAAUUUUAGAGAGCAUUGCUUUAACUUAGUCAUAAGAUUUUACUUCCAGCCCUCUUCGAUAAGAGAAAAGUUCAAUUUUGUUAAAUUUUAUAUUUAAUUUGACAAAAACAAAAUAAAAUAAAGAUAUUUAAGA